GUGUUUACUUUCUUUACAUUUGUCACCUGUGGGCGCCGUUCCAUUGCAGCACAGGAAAACGAGGGGGGGGAUGCAGCCAUGACGAAUGUCUGCAACUACACAUUAUACCACAGUGAGAAAUCAAGAGUGGGGUUUCCUUUAUGUGGUGUCAUGCAUAAUGACCCACUGACACUCCCCACACAGUUUCUGUGAGGGGAGGGGGUGUUACUGCUCAAAGGAUGUGAGAACUGUUUAAAACAUUUUUAACUGAUACUUUCUUCCUCAUUGUUGAAUGUGAGCCUCAAAAAAAAAAGGUGCUUCCUUAAAUAUUGAAUGAUUGUUUCAAUGCUUUCACUUUCCGUACUGUUAGGUACUGUUCGGUGGUCGUGGUGGAGAGUUUGCAAGGGGGGAAAUUCAAGGCCGGGUUUGGGGGAGUUUCCGUCGCAGCGGAGGCGGGGUGUGCAUGUGAGGGCUUGUGGUCAUGAGUGGUACAGUAAUAUUGUGUCAGGGCGUUAAAGAGUGUUUGUUCAGUCGUGUUUGUUCAGCAGUAACCAAGCAGCAGCUCCUGUUCUCUAAUCCUUGCUCAUCUGUACUUGUACACCCUCCACAGCUUCAUUCCAACAUCGACAGUAAAGCUUUUCUCACACUCUUCAGUGGUGUAGAAAUAUGAAGUUUCUGGAGCUGGACGAUUCCAUCAGUCGCUUCAGGUUCACCCAGUCCUGUGUGGGGCUGGCAGGUUGCCUGUGUGUGUGCUAUGCAGUGUGGACACCUUUCUGGCUGAAGGAUCGGGGACUGUGGGCAGAGUGGAACAGCACUGACAGCCAGCAGACCAGUCACAUACACAGCACCGUCUUCAAUGCUGCUGAAGCAGAGCGAGUAUUUGGCGUUCUCUCCUCCAUCAUGGCUAUGAGCACUGGGGCUUUGUGUCUGGUGUUCGCCCUCUGCUGGACAUCUCAGACAGUGCGCUCCUACUCCAACACUCGCUCUCUGCUCAUGGCAGGACAGGCUCUUUACCCCACCACGCUGCUCCUGCUCACCAUGCUCUCCACAGGUUUCUUCUUCCUCCUUGGCUGGGCUCUCUUCACUUAUCAGCACCGAGAGGAAAUCCAACAGGACUUCUCUCAGCUCGGCUCUUCCUACUGGCUCGGGGCUUUAGGUUGGGUCCUGCUGCUGGUUGUGGAGACUAUAGUCUUUAUUACUGAACAGAUUGUCGUGCCAGACAUCCUGCCCGACUUAGAGAGGGCUGUGGAGUCGUGGCGGAUUUCCUCUCAGCUUAAUGCCUCUAAGCACUCUUUUAGCGAUGGGUAUCACCCUGGCAACAGCCAAAGCAGCGUUAUUCCACAGAGGUAAAUGUCAGCUCCUUGAAUGGGAUGCAGCAAUUAGGACAUGACAGAGAAAAUAAUGGUGAACGUGUGAGUUGCACGUGAAUGGAGACGGAGAGCGGCAAUUUUGUUGCGUAUUUAUGUAACAGUACGACCGGACUGAAUACCGAUUAACCGGGGAGCUUAAAUGUGGCUACACAAAUUUAAAACUCUGGAUUUUGAACGUCGAGACACGGGAAAGUUCAGUAGUGGAUGACUGUGGCGGUAGAUGCUGCAGAAUGUUUUCAGUAUGAAAAGGAAAAAAAAACACUAAGGACCAGAGUAAAACACUCUCGCAUCAAGUGAUCAAAAACUGUAAAAAAAAAAAAAGCAUGUUGUCAAGCCCAGGAAAGAGGAUGGAGGUAGCAAUUAGCCACCAGGGAGCGACUCCAUUGGUCUAUGGACAUGGAGCUGCAUUUGUAGAGAUUUGAAAUGCAUAACUCUUGGUCCAGGUUUGCCUCUGGGUCGGACCAAAACCCUUAAAGAUCAUUAUGAAUGUGGUAAUGUGAGACAUUUGAUGUAUGGUGUACAGGACAAUGUCACUGUGAAAUACUAACUUAAACUACAGUAUGUUUCACAGUUUUGUCAUCAUAUGCUGACCAUGCACUUUACCUUAUCUUUACCUCUGCUGAGGAGGUCAUGUUUUCUGUCUGCCUGUCUGUCCACCUGUCUGUCUGUCUGGGAACCUGACUGAAAAGUGAAACUGUGGGUGGAGGUUUGCACUCUAUGAGUCCUUUCUCUAAUUUUAAAGCUGCAGUAUGUAGGUUUUGGUGCCAUUGUGUUGUUGAUGUUAUAAUUCUGCCUUGGUUUGGUCUACAUGAGCAGGAACUAUGUAACAAUAUCUAUGAAGAGUUUAUUUUUUAUGUAUUUAUUUUUUUGAGAAUUAGAUUUCUCUUCUGAAAUGUUUAGCGUUUUCGAUCAUAAUAAACCUCUUGUGACAGUG